AAUAGUUUUGUAGGAGUACAUAUUUUGUGACACAAAGAAUCUUAGAUUGGUCGACGAUUUCACCGUCGAUCUGCUUCUAGUCUAGUUCCGGCCACACAAGCUAUGUACAUAUCGGAAAAACCUCAGCCCAUCGACUUCUACAAAGAUGCAGCGUCCGCCGCCCCCGACCACCACCGGGAGGUAAUCAUGGAAGUCGCCGCCGACGCUAAUGUCCCGCUCCCACCCAACCAUCGCCCGCCACUUCUCCUUCCUAGCGUCGGAAACGGCGGGGACACCACCAGUAGCGGCGGAGAGGACAACGCCGCCCUGAACCCGUCGCCUGAACUGAGGGCUCCCAAGAAACGGGCGGAGACAUGGGUUCUGGACGAGACCCUAGCGCUAAUCAGUCUCCGGAGGGAAAUCGACUCUCUCUUCAACACCUCCAAAUCGAACAGACACCUCUGGGAUCGGAUCUCCAUGAAGAUGAGGGAGAAGGGAUUCGAUCGGUCGCCGACCAUGUGCACUGAUAAGUGGAGGAACUUGCUCAAGGAAUUCAAGAAGGCCAAGCAGAACCACGAUCGAAAUGGGUCCGCUAAGAUGUCCUGUUACAAAGAGAUUGAGGAAAUUCUUAUUGACAGAAACAAGAAUGGUGGUGUCCAUAAGAGCCCUUCUGCUCCCAAAGUUGAUUCCUUUAUGCACUUCACUGAAAAGGGCCUAGAUGAUGCCAAUAUUACAUUCGGACCAGUUGAAGGUGUUUGUACAGACAGUGGCAGGCCAACUCUCAACCUUGAACGGCGUUUAGAUCAUGACGGGCAUCCUCUGGCCAUUGCCGCCGAUGCUGUUACAGCCAGCGGUGUUUCGCCUUGGAAUUGGAGAGGAACUCCUGGAAAUGGUGAUCAAGGCAAUGUCUUUGAGGGCAGAGUGAUUUCAGUGAGGUGGGUGGAUUACACCAAGAGAAUCGGGAUUGAUGGAACCGCAGAGGCCAUUAAAGAAGCGAUCAAAUCUACUUUUGGAUUGAGGACAAAGCGCGCCUUCUGGCUGGAAGAUGAAGACAAUAUAGUCCGAGCACUAGACCGAGAUAUGCCUUUAGGGAACUACACUUUGCAUGUUGAUGAAGGUCUAACUAUAAAAAUAUGUUUGUACGAGGACACGGAGGACGUGGCAUUUUCUACAGAAGAAAAGACGUUCUACAAUGAGGACGACUUCCGUGAAUUCUUGUCGCGCCGUGGGUGGAGAUGUCUACGAGACAAUUACCGGAAUAUCGAUAGCAUGGAUGAGCUUUGCCCCGGUGCUCUAUACCGUGGCGUGCAUUAACUUUUGUACUUACUUUUACUGUCUUGUUAUACAAUGUGGUGUAUAUAUAUGUUACAUGCAUACACUUUGGCCUGGUGUCAUCCAGAUUGUAGCUGUUAGUGUCACUCAGGUGUUUAGGGGGGAAAAUGUUUAGUGAGAUGUUUGUGUCGCCUUUUGGGGUUUCAAUGUAAAAAAGCUGUCUCUAAAAAGUUAUCCUAAAGAGCUGUUCAUUCAUGAUUUGUUUGAGAACAUUGUUUAUGAUUGCCUUUUGGGGUUUCAAUGUAAAAAAGCUGUCUCUAAAAA